AUGACAGGCCGCCGCUUUGAGCGCUCGGGGAGCUCGACUGCCGCCAUCUUCACCAAGGAUGAAGAUAUACCAUACCUAGAGCCUCGCGACAUCGACGACAUCGACGCGUUGACUUGCAUGGAAGAUGCCGGGUGGAUUGGACGGGACGCGCUGAAAUAUGAACUUGGGAACCAGUCAACACGUGGAACCUCCGACUAUCGAUGUCCGCUAUACAUAUCGAAUGCCAUCUCGCUGGUCCGAGCCUCAGGGUCGUACCGUGGCACUUCUGUGCCCGGCGGCCCCAUCAAGGAAGGCCUCGGUAUCUGA